AUGUUAAUUCCAAAGAACAUGUUGCUCUCCAGAUUAUGCUCUCGAGCGUUUCCAGGUAAAGCUUUGCGAUUGUAUCCCCUGCUUAAUAACCUCAGAUCAGCAUCCACCCUCGCAAACGCUUCCCAUGGAGUCAAAUCACCUCCAAAACCAAAAGCAAGCUAUGUUCAACGGUUGAUUGUCGUAAGUGCCGUCGCUGCUGCAGGUUAUGCUGUGGAUGAGUACUACUACGAGUCACUCGUUCAACGGUCUGUUCGUGCUCUCUAUGUUUUGCUGUGGAUAGCUUACGAAUACACCCGUAAUAUCGACUCGUACGAAUCUAUCGAUGAUUUGCACGAAAUCGCCGCCGAAAAGUUGUUUAGCAUGCUUGAAACUAAUAGAGGCUUGUAUAUCAAGCAAGGCCAGGCCAUAGCCAAUCAGGGUUCGGUGUUUCCUGUGGCAUUCCAGCGCCGGUUCGUGACUCUUUAUGAUGCUGCUCCCAAGGACUCGUGGCAGCUGAUUGACCGCAUUCUCAAGCGACAAUUGGGUAAAAACUACGAGAAAGAAGUAUUUGAAUAUAUCGAGCACAACCCUGUUGCGUCGGCUCUGAUCGCUCAGGUUCAUAAGGCUCGACUUAAGAAUACCUCUACUGACGUUGCAGUCAAGGUCCAGCAUCCGUACAUUGAAAAACAGAUCAGCGUAGACUUAAUGGUCUAUCGCUUUAUGUCAUGGGUAUACUCAAAGGCGUUUGACUUGCCGUUAUCGUUCUUUACCAAGUACGUGGCAGACCAAUUGGAGAAAGAAGCAGAUUUCCGAAUCGAGAACUCCAAUGCCAAACAACUUGCAUCAUUAUUGGCCCACGAUCCGGCUAUGAAUGGCAUGGAUAUUUACGUUCCUAAUAAUUAUGACAAAUACUCAGGCAGACAGGUGUUAGUUACGGAAUGGAUCGAGGGUAUCUCACUCACAGACAAACAACGGCUUAUCAAUUCCAAGAUGGACAUCUCCAAGAUCAUGAAGCAAUACAUUACCGUCUUUGGAAGACAGAUGUUCGAGUAUGGGUUUGUUCAUUCAGAUCCGCAUCCUGGCAAUCUCUUGGUCCGUCUUUACAAAGGUAAGCAGCAGUUGGUGAUCUUGGACCACGGACUUUAUGUGGCCUUGCCUCGGAAAUUUAGAAUGGAGUACUGCGAGAUCUGGAAAUCUCUUUUCAACUUCAACACCGAUGCGGUGGAGAAAAUCUCCCAAGAAUGGGGCAUUGGGUCUACCGAUCUUUUGACUGCUGUGGUUCAGCUUAGACCACCCAAGGACGCCGAUAUCAACAAGAGCCGCAGCUCGUAUGAACUUAUUAAGUCGUUUUUGGGUGACGAGUCCCGCUUCCCACUCCAGCUUCUCUUUGUUCUGAGGACCAUGCGGAUGAUCCAGAACUUGAAUCAGUCCAUGGGCAGCCCUGUUAACAGAAUUAACAUCUUCACCAAAUCGGCGAUCCAGCUGCUUUCGAAUGAUCCUUGGACACAUAGAAGUUUGCGGGACUGGUUUCUGUUGAUUCAAGUGAGAGUAUCGCUUUUCUUCAGUGACUUGGUAUUCUGGACAUUCCGUCUCCGCCAAAUAUUGACAGGUGACCGGUACGGAGGGAAGGGUGAAGGUAUGGAAGACUACAUCGAGAAGUACAUGAGAGACACAGCGAAGAGUUUGGGAAUUGAGAUUGUGGAUGGAAUGUAA